AUGUCCAAAGCCGGUGGGAACAUGCUUAUCGAUGCAGAAUAUAAAAAUCGAACAAGUUUUCAAAACAACCAUUCGAGGUUCAUCUUGAAGGAAAUAGCCGUGGCCGAUGAGGGGACUUUUGAAUGUCACGUGGACUAUCCAACGCAACCGGUAGAGUCCACUGUCAUAGUCAAGCUCAAUGUUUUCAGUCCUCGCCCCGAUACGCUUCCCGUGAUUUCACCUUGCACCAAGGUUGACGAGCCUUCAUCUUGCAGCAUUCAUGUCAACCAAUCCGUCACCCUUACCUGCACACUCCCCAACGUAUAUCCUGUUAAAGAUACUGAACUCGUUUGGUAUCGGGAUGGAAAACGUGUCUCAUCAACUCAUAACGCUACGCAGAACGAUGACGGGACCACUGAUAUCAGUCGACAGAUUCAGGUGUCUGAAACAGGAAACUUUACCUGUAACGCCACAUAUUUUUCGGCUAAAGGAAGAGAUGACACAGCCGUAUCAGUUGAAGCAUGGAAUAAACCACCCUCAGAUGUACGAAACACAACAGGAAAGAAUGUGACCGGUAGUCAAAUCGACGGGAUGACAAUACGCAUGAUGCUGUUUGUAGCCAUUGCUGGCAUCUCCCUCGCGAUCAUCACACGUUUCUUCUAUCGUUCGAAAGCAACAGGCAAGUCUGGUUUGCUUAUGAAAUAUGCUGACAAGUACUCGAAGUUUUACCGUGUUUGA